UUUGUUAUGAUGGCAGGUGUAGCAGAAGAAUCUGAAACCGAUACUGUUGAUUCAAGUAAAAUUUCGUACAAAGUGAUUAUAAUUGGAGGUGGAAUUGCUGGCAUAUCUGCAGCUCAUCAUCUCGUGAAAAACGGUGAAACAGAUUUCAAGUUAUUGGAAGCAAGAAACAGACUUGGGGGGCGCAUUAUCUCCAUUCCUAUGGGAAAUGAUUGUGUUGACCUAGGUGCUUCUUGGAUUCAUGGUGUUCUGGGGAAUCCAGUAUAUGAACUAGCUGUAUCAAAUGGUUUAAUUAAUCUUACAAAUGAGCAAGAACCUCAUACAAUUGUAGCCACUACAGAAGAUGGAAAAAGAGUACCUAUAUCAGUAAUUGAAGAGGUAUACAAUGCAUAUUUUUGGUUUAGCAAAAGGUGUGAAGAAUAUUUUUUGCUUCAUUUACACACUCCACCUAAUGUUGAUAGUGUUGGAAAACAUUUAGAGCUGGAUAUUUCUGCUUAUUUGCAACAGUACCAAGAUGAUGAUGCUUGCAUACGCAGAAUGGUGUUCGACCAUCUUCUAAACAGAGAAACCUGUAUAACAGGUUGUCAUUCCAUGGAAGAAACUGGACUUAGUGAUUUUGGGAGCUAUACAGAGUUACCAGGUGGUAAUAUUAACAUUCCUGGUGGUUUUCAUUUAAUAAUUAAUUUCUUAGCUGAUAUUUUACCUCAAGAAAGCAUUAGGUUACAAUCUGAAGUGAAACAUAUCAGAUGGAAAAUGAAACCUGAAGAUCCACCAAAGGACGAUGAAAAGACAUCUGGAAACAAAAGUAAACGAAUUAGUAUUGAAUGUGAAGAUGGCUCAAAAUGGUUAACAAAUCAUGUGAUCAUUACUCUUCCAUUAGGUGUAUUAAAAGCAAAAGCUAAAGAUAUGUUUGAUCCCAGCUUGCCAGAGUAUAAAUUAGAAUGCAUUAAUAAUUUAAGUUUUGGUGCAGUGAAUAAAAUAUAUUUAGAAUAUGAUAGACCAUUUUUAAAUGCGGAAAUUACUGAAGUUAUCACAUUAUGGAAAAGGACUGAAGAAAGCGAUAUCAGUAAAAUAUGGUUCCGCAAAAUUUAUUCAUUUAGUAGGUAUUCUGAAAACGUUCUCUUAGCUUGGGUGUCUGGCCAUGAAGCUGAAUUCAUAGAAACCCUUUCUGAAGAACAAAUAGCUAAUACCUGUACAGACAUUUUAAGGAAGUUCCUUAACGAUCCAUACAUACCAAGACCAUGUAAAGUUGUAUGCACAUCUUGGAAAAGUCAUCCAUUUAGUAGAGGCUCAUAUACCUAUAUUGGGCUCAAAGGAUCUCAAAGAGAUAUCGAGUUAUUAGCAUCUCCUAUUUAUACAGAUCCAUACCAUAGCAAGCCUGCUUUGUUAUUUGCUGGAGAAGCCACUCAUCCAAGUUUCUACUCAACAACUCAUGGUGCAUACCUUUCCGGUCAAAAAUGUGCACAGAUUUUACUAGAACCCGAUUCUGAUUCUAAUCAAAAAGCCAAAGAAGGAACUGAAUAUGAUGGUGCUAAAGACUUGUCCUCGUGGAUUAGGGGCAUAGAUCUCACAUAG